CUCCACACACACUGUUGGGAGGCAAAUGAAUGGAGGACACUCGUGGGGAAUUUCCCAAGGCUGAAGUCCCACCGAGAAAUACUAAACGGACCAAAAUGCAGUUGGCAGAAUAAUUUCAAAAGGUGUUUUCCAAUUUUUUCCCCUUGGAAUAUAAAUUUUUUUGUGGAAUUUAACCGGAAGGGUUGUAUUUUUAGGCCAAGCAUGAACUCUUUAACGUUGCUUCGCCAGUGGAGUUUGGCUGUGUUCUUGCUGUGCUUCCCAGUGACUUUUGAAGGGAUGCCAGCUGAUGCCCUCGUUAACAGAACGAGAAGGUCGGUGAGCCACGCCCAGUUGUUGCAUGACAAGAGCCGCUCCAUCCAGGUGCACAGGCGCCAAACGUGGCUACAGGAGCUGCUGGAGGAGGUGCACACGGCCGGUGGGCACACGCCACCUGUGCACGGCAGGACCCAGAGCCAAAUGUUCGGCGGGAACACCCUGCACCAGAAGCCCCAAGGGGCCAGCAAGGACCUGCAAGAGAGGGUUAAUCUGGACAGGGUGGUCCCCCACCUCACCCAGGAGACCAACAAGGCUAUGGCCUACAAGGACCAAGACCUAAAGGUUGCCACCAAGAGGAAAAAAAAGGUCCGAUCGGGCCGACGCAGAGAGAACGAAAAGAAGAGGAGAAGAGCCCGCUCUACCUCUGGAAUGGGGCCAUGAACGGACAAGGACCCUGUUUUUAGACCACAGGACCUUUUUUUUUUCCUAACGGUGCUGCAUUAAGACACUGACACAGACUGACAAUUUCUGGGGUCAGGGUUGUGCUUGUAUGAUAAAAUGUCCGUUUUUGUUUUUUUUUGUUUUUUGCAUACUUCCUGGAGUUUCAACAUGGAAUCUUAGGUUGAUAUUUAUUAGGGAGAUCUUCACACCUGUAGCUUGGAUGUCCAUCGGGUGUCCUUUGUAUACGUUGUAAUCUAUAAUCAAACAUGUACACAGACCGAGGAGAUGAGGAAAUGCUCAUUUGCUCUUUGAAUAGAAACCACAAAACGAAGAGUUCAGAGAGCUGCUUUUUUUUUUUUUUUGGCUCCGCACACGUCGACUAUCCAGGAACGGGAAAUUCUGACAAAUUACUCAGUUAAACACAGCCACGGUUAAAAAAUAAAGUGCACCCUCUUUCAAGUAUACGUUUGUCCAUAUCAGAAUUCAACGAUCUGAGCUUUACAAGCUUCUAAAAGUAUUUAUAUCCAACUUCAGGUGUUUAAAAACCCACCACAGUUUCAUUAUUUAUUAAACAAACCUAAAGGCAAUUUGGCUAAAACACGGUACAGCCUAUGAUCCAAUAAUUUGUUGCAGAACCUUCAGGAGGAAUAGCAUGCUAUAGUCACACGUCUCUUACAUCAUUUUGGACAACUUUAUUGGUCCACUCCUUUUUAUACACUGUCGUUUCAUUCCUUGUAUAUGACCCAAUUAUGGUUUACUUUUAUGUGCUGGAAAUAUAGCUUCACAAUAGUUCCAAGAUGCUUCGGUGUACGGACUAGUUCAUGGUCGCCUCAAAGGCUGAAGGAUGAGCUCAGAUCCCGUGGAUGCAGAACGGGCCCAAAUCAUGAGCCCGCCGCUACCGUGCUCGACGGCUGAUAUGGGGCGCUGGUGUUGAUGUGUCUGGCUCCCGCAAAACAUGGAGCUGUGCCUUAUAGCCAAACAGCUCCACUUUGUCCUAAAUACAUUGUUUCCAAAAGUCUUGAGGCCUCACACAGAUGCAAAAUUGCAAAUCUGACAGUAUUUUUUUUUUUUUUUUUUGACAUGAGAGCACUGUUCUGGCAAAUCUUCUCGAUAAGUCACAUUUGUUUAGACAGUUUGACUGAGAAAUGUGCAACAGCAGGUUCCUCUCCUUGACAAUAUGGUAUUAUACAUCAGCCAACCUGCCCAAACUCCUGCUUUUAUGGAAGAGCUCACAGCUGCUGAUGGCUAUUUAAUCAAGCAGCUUUGAGCUGAGGGAGGGUGAACCCUCUUUUUUUACAUGACUGUACCUCUGUCCAAAUGGUUCAGCCAUAAUUUAUUUCACUUUGAAAGUCUAUAUUUAUUUUUGUGAAUGUAUCAUGGUGCUGCUGAUUUAAUUCCAUUAUGCACUUUAGUUACAUCCUGUAUAAGUUCCUUUGUGGUUGAAUUUUAGUAUAGGGACUGUUGUUGAUGGUACUGCUAUCCUUCCUCGCCUCAGAUCCCCCACGGACUCAUAACUUAUCAGCAGCGGCAUCAGAAAAUGCUUCUGUUGAACUAAGUUACCGCUUGUUUGUUUUGCUCAGAAUCAGCCAAAGUCAAGGGCUCGACCCAUCUUCAUUGUUCUAGACUUGCACUGAGGGAAUGUACAUGUUUCCAGUUAAUCAAACAUUAAAAAUGUAGCUACUAGGUA